AAUGAUCUGAACUUCCUCAAUGUGCAGAGCAGCAGGUUGACUCUGCUCUGAGCCAUGCAGCACCACUCCUCUGCUACCAGCUGGACAUAGAGAGACAUACAGGGGACUCUUAGAUCAGACGACCCUCAAUCUGGAUCUUAAAACCCAAAACAAACGACACUGGCGCUCAUUCCUGCUCUGACUCUCAUCCUGUGUGAGUGUGGAUGUCACCAUGGCAACCGGGCCUCAGGGUAACCAGGGACGGCCAAGGUUUGGCCCCAGUGACCGUCUGAUCGCUAUGUUCAGGGCCUGCUCCAGAGAUCCAACCGAGGCGAUCAAAACGAGACUGAGAUGUAUGUUGCACACAUUUCUGCAACACCACAGGGACAACGCAGAAAAUGAGAACACCAACGAUUUGGCAGUAAGGUGCUGUUGUGAAGCCGGGAUCUGGUAUUACAGGAUCCUGGAGAACCUCAUCAGUGAAGAGAGGAAGAGGAGGGGAAUUGGUGACAUCUUGCACAUCUUGGAGAUUGAGCCUUUCCAGUGCUGUCUGGUGGCCUGUUGUUUGGAGAUUACCAUAUCAUCAAGCCGUCUAUCAUAUGACUUCCCUCUGCUCACUCAGAUCUUAAAACUGGCACCAUACCACUUCCUGAAGGUGAUUGAGCCGGUGUUGCGGGUUGCAGUGGGCCUGCCUGGCACUGUGGUCAGACACCUCGCCCAAGUGGAGGAGAAAAUUCUGGGGAGCUUGGCCUGGACCAGCGACUCACCGCUGUGGGAAGAAAUCAGAGCCAACGAGGGCCAUCUGCCUUCCUGCCAACAGGUGAUGCUUCCUACACAGCUUGAAGAUCCAAAGAGAGCAGACUUUCAACCUGACAGAAACCAACCAGGAGCGGAUCUCAAUAUGGGAGCUGAACCGUCUGCCAGCACUGACCAACAGCGUUCCCCAUCAGCUGUAAACAGGCCUCAGAGAAGCAACUCCCUCCAUCUGUUUGCUCGCCAGGUUUACAGCUUGAUGGGUAAGCGUCUGAGGGCGCUGUGUUCCACACUGGACAUUUCUGAUGAGCGGCGGCUGAAGAUCUGGACCUGUUUUGAGUACUCUCUGGUCCACUGCACUGACAUCAUGGUAGACCGUCAUCUGGACCAACUGCUCCUGUGCGCCAUCUACGUCAUAUCUAAGAUUACCAUGGGGGAAAUACCAUUCAAACGCAUAAUGAGGUGCUACAAGUCUCAGCCAUUUGCCAGCAAAAGUGUCUGCAAAAAUGUGCGGAUGUCCGGAAGAGAUACAGAAAAUUCUCUCACUGGAAACAACAAUAAUGGAGACCACGGCGUCAGAUUUCCGACCCCCAACACACCAUCGACACAUUAUCCAGGAACUUCUCAGGAGGACAGGGGCAAUCUUAUUCACUUUUACAACCAGAUCUACACGACUAAGAUGCAGCACUUUGCCGAGCAGUUUGCCCCGACCUCUGUAGGAGACACUCCUCCUUUGUCUCCAUACCCCCGACAGUGGAAAGCAUCUCCUCGCAGACAGCGGCCGUCCAGCAGCCACUCCAUCACCAUUUCACCGUACGACACGGAAACAUCUUCCAUCCGUACACCCGGACUCUGCUACUACUUCAACUCAAGCCCCCCAGAGCGUCUGCGUGAGAUCAAUAACAUGAUCAGGACGGGAAGGUCACCCAACAGACGAGGCUAUGCGGUGCCACUGGAUAGAGAAGAGGAGGACGAGGGAGAAGGGGAGGAGGAGGAAGAUGAUGGUCCUUCAGCGAAGAGGCUUUGUUUGGAUGGUCAGUCAGCCUGGCAGAAGCGACUACAUAAUGUGGUGAAUGAUCGCGUCACUAGAAGGGGCCGGGACCAGGACCGGGACCAACCAGGACCAGGACUGGGACCAGGACCGGGACCAGUUACAAGGCCUAACCUGCACUAGAGCAGAGAGGAGCAUGUAGUCUCGCUCUGCUGCUGUUUCUGAGGCUGUAAUAACACCGUCAGGGCAGCUUUGUCUUCCUUUAUAGAUAUCUGCUAAGAAUUCCUUCGGGCCAAAUUCUUUGUCAGCUCAAAGUCUGGUCUGCAGUCUGUGCUAAAAUUAUGCCUUUUUGCUCUGCACUAUUUCUGACACUUACUGUCCUUGAAAAGGGCAUUUACCCCUCAGCUCAGUGGCCAAUAGUAGAAGAUUGUGGUCGUCCUGAGCAGCUCCCUGGUGGAGGUGUAUGAUGUAUAAAUUUGAAGUAGGGCAUGGCUGGAGAGUGCUCAGUUGACUUCCCUUGGCUGUGCCUAAAUAAAGUUACACCGAGCAUUGCAGUUAAAAUUAUGGGACAAGCUUGUCUGCCCUUUACAGCGCUCAUGGGGACGAGCAUAUGUCAAGCUUCUACCAGUGUCUAAGGCCUUCAUGAAUAAGUGUUCACUGCAAGCCACUUUAAAGCAAUUGUAUGUGUUUUUCCUGUUUUAACCUAUAAUAAUGCUUUUUUUAAUAUAAUUAAGAAUUUGAAAAGAUAGCUUAGACUGUUGAAAACAUGGUGAAACAUGAUUUUUCAAUUCUUCAGAGGAAUGAAGGGAAAGUGACACCAUGAAACUUUAUUCAAAUGGUACUUGAAGUAUGGAAACCUAUGUGUGUUUGAGAAACAAAAAGAUAAUAAUAAUGCUUUCAUCAGCAUGACUGAUUGCAACCAGGGUUGGAAAUUAGCACCAGCCACAUGCUGGUAAAAUAUGCAAGUGGGUGCUAGAUUUGCUUCACUCACCAGCCAAAAAUACCGACGGUAAUCUAUUGAGUGGCUGAUAGAUUUUGAAAACUAUCAGCCACAGUGGCAGGUGGACAAAAAAGGUAAUUUCCAACACUGAUUGCAAACUUAAUAUCUUGGCUGAUUUAACAGGAUACUGCAUUUCAUUAAAGCGCCCCUCUACUCAGAAAAGGAUGUUUGACCUUGUCUGUGCAGAAUGAUGUAUGUGUAGCUAGACAGGAGGCGUUUUCACGUUCAUCUGCUGAAGACACAAAGCUUCUAAAAAUUAAAUCUGAGUUUUAGAUGUUGGCAUCCAAAAAAAAAUGUUGGAGUUGUUAAAAAAACAUAUCAAACAAAGUAUUACUUAAAGGUACAGUGUGUAGGAUUUGGCAGCAUCUAGUGGUGUGGUUGCAGAUUGCAACCAACUGAAUACCCCUCUGCUCACUCCUUACUUUCCAAGACUGUGGUAAUGUGAGCUGCCGAGUGUUAAACAGUGGUAACACCAUUCACCUCGCUCAGAGGCCAUCCAUACCAUAAUAACACUACCUCCCUAUGUAAAUAUGAAGGGCUCAUUCUAAGCUAACAAAAACACAAUUCUUAGUUUUGGUUGAAUACACACUAAUGAAACAUAGGUAUGAAUAUCAUAUACCAUUUCUGCUAAUAGAUCCCCCAAAAUGUUACACACUGUUCCUU